AGGAUUUUACAGAAUAGCCCAUGCUGAGCCAGAUAAUACAUAUCGUUCUUUAUUCGUAUUAAAUUAAAAUUAAAUAAUUGAAUUAAGAUUUUUUUGUUCAACAAAUUCUUAAUUAAUAAAGCCAUCACAUAUUGUAGCUUCUCCUCAACGAGUUUGGUUGAUUAGUUAAUUAUAUCCAUCAUCAUUAUUUUCUCAACCCUCCUUUGACUCUUACGUACAAGUGUUGACUUGAAACGUGUUUGUUGUUGUACUUUGCUGCAGGACAGGAAGCACUCAGUGUUCUUGCUCUGAACCGUUUGUUAAUGUGCAGUUUCAUGUUAGUUUUGUAUUUCAAAGGUAUAUGUUCCUCCUAAGAAUGCUUCCAUCACACACACACACACACACACACACACACACACACGUUGACGGAUCCUGUUGGCAGUUAGCUGUUCUCAUUAGCUCCCGUUCCCCUUAUGGCUGAACUUUUCUCAGUGUUGCUCACAGAUUACAGUCAACUCAAUAUACAUGUGUAUAUAAUGUGUAAAACAGCCGUGUAACCAGAGAACAAACGCACAUGCAGUCACAGUUAUAACCAGAGAAACGGGGCGUUGUGCUGUUUCCUCUUUUCUACAAUGAUCCACGUAUCACUUGUGUCACAGGGAAGGCUUUAUUUUAGUUUGCAUCAUUGCAGCGCUGUGCUCUUCUAUCUGCAGCAGGGACUCUGCAUUGUUAGAAUUGAUGUCACAAGGUGUGUGGCACGCCACAGAUCAGGUCAUUUGUCAACGACGAGUGCCAGUACUCGCCAUUACGAGUGCUUUAGUUGUAUAUCGUGUAGAUAUGUAUUCAGUACCACUGUGGUUUUUCUUCCUACAGACUCUGGCCGGGAGCUGGUCAUCACAGACCCAGUGGUCAGAAGUCGAGAACUCUUCAUCUCUGACUAUGUGGACACUUAUCAUGCUGCUGCUCUCAGGGGGAAAUGCAACAUUUCCCAUUUCUCCGACAUUUUUGCUGCCAGGGAGUUCAAAGCCCGCAUCGACUCCUUUUUCUAUAUCCUCGGAUAUAACCCCGAGACCAGGCGACUAAACAGCACACAAGGGGAAAUCCGAGUGGGACCCAGUCACCAAGCCAAGCUCCCCGAGCUGCAGCCUUUCCCUUCUCCUGGUGGCCAGGCCGUGACCGAGAACGAGGAGCUGGUCUGGAUGCCGGGGGUCAAUGACUGUGAUCUUCUCAUGUACCUCAGAGCCGCAAGGUGAGCCCAGAGAGAGAGACCGGGGUUCAGAUGUGGCCGGGCUGCAAGGUCUCACCUACAAGUUCAAGGGAAAACUAUCACCACUGAGGUUAAAGAUAGUUAUUUCAAAAAGAUGUAACCCCACACUGUCGCUUUGCCCUCGCCGUAUUGAUCAAAGCGUGCUUCAAAUUCAGUGCUCUCAAAUAUCAGGGUAUCAAAGACUCAUCAUCAGCAAUAAACACGUCUACAGCAUCGCAGUGGCAUAACUACAUAGUUUAACGUUGAUACCACAGCUUUACUGACCAUCGUUAUCUGCCAAUAUUCAGUCAAAUGUGCGAUCAGGACAUCGUUUAUGCUUUUCUAGUCGCCGACCCGUGUUUAGAUCGACAGGAAGAGAGCUAGUAGCACAAUGCGUUCAGGCUCUGUUCAGCGAAAAUGAGUAUUGGGAGAAGGUCAAUUAUAGCUUAUCAUUAUGUGUUCACGUGUAAACUCGUAAAAUGUAGUGUUGAGGGAAACUAAAUCCAGUUUGAAGGAGAUGUUUUCAAAACAACAUAAAACGAUA